AUCCCCAAGGGUGUGUGAUUAAGCAUCCUGGCGCCAUCUUGUGUGGUGUGAUUGUGUGUGUGUAUUCUGCCGUGAAGCUUCCUCAAGGGACUGGCCUACAGGAAAUGAGCGAGUUGGGUGAAGUUUAAAACAGGAACUUUGGGUGAGCUCAGCUUCACAGCGGAAACCAAGGUUAAAGUACACAGAUCGGCCGUGGAAUUGAGGUGUCCCAGCCAAGAUGUGGAAGGCCGGCGUGGGCCACAAUGUGUCCGUGAAGGUGGAGUCCCAAGGAGAUGACUGGGAUACAGACCCGGAUUUUGUGAAUGACAUUUCAGAGAAAGAACAGAGGUGGGGAGCGAAAACUAUCGAAGGCUCUGGCCGUGCAGAGCAUAUUGACAUCCACCAGCUGAGAAGCAAAGUGUCCGAGGAACACGAAACCCUCAAGAAGAAGGAGCUGGAGACAGCGCCCAAGGCCUCCUAUGGCUACGGGGGCAAGUUCGGCACAGAGAAGGACCGCAUGGACAAGAGUGCACUGGGUCAUGAGUACGUUGCCAAAGUUGGGAUGCACUCGUCUCAGACAGAUGCGGCCAAAGGCUUUGGAGGAAAGUUUGGGGUGCAGAGGGACCGAGCAGACAAGUCGGCUCUCGGUUUUGAGUACAAGGGUGAGGUGGAAAAGCACACCUCACAGAAAGACUAUGCUGUUGGCUUUGGGGGGAAGUUUGGCAUUCAGAAGGACCGUCAAGACAAAUCUGCCUUGAGCUGGGCACACAAGGAGGAAUCGAAACCCCAUGAAUCCCAGACAGACUACACUGUUGGCUUUGGGGGGAAGUUUGGCGUUCAGAAGGACCGUCAAGACAAAUCUGCCUUGAGCUGGGCACACAAGGAGGAAUCGAAACCCCACGAGUCUCAGACAGACUACACUGUUGGCUUUGGGGGGAAGUUUGGCGUUCAGAAGGACCGUCAAGACAAAUCUGCCUUGAGCUGGGCACACAAGGAGGAAUCGAAACCUCACGAGUCUCAGACAGAUUAUGCCAAGGGCUUUGGAGGCCGCUAUGGAGUACAGAAGGACCGAGUGGACAAGAGUGCUGCUGGUUUCAGUGAGAUGGAAGCACCAACAUCCUCAUAUGAGAAGACGAAACCCCUGGAGGCCGCUUCUGGCGGAGCAGGUAACCUGAGGCAGCGUUUUGAGAGCAUGGCCAAGUCAGCAGAGGAAGAGAACAAGAAGAGGGCAGAGGAGGAGCGAGCACGAAGGCAAGCGCGGGAGAAGCAGGAGCGCCAGGCGGCCCAGCAGCGGCAGCAGGAGGAGCAGGAGGAAACCCAGAGAAGGGAAGAGUCAAGCAACAAGGAUCCAGCCCCCAAACUGGGGUCCAUGAAGGUGUGCAGGGAGGACCUCAGCUUGCCCCCUGUGCCACCACCAGAGCACCAGGCCGAUGUCCAGGGAGCAUCAGAGGUGCAAGAGGAACCUCCCCCAGCCCUUCCCGUACAGAGCCUGGACUUGGGUGAGGGCACCAGAGGGCUGCCCAAACCCCCUUGCCCGCAGCAGGAGCCCAUCUACACCGAAAGUUCAGACUAUGGCGGCGACUAUGAGGAGGUGGCUGUGCCGUUGGACUGCUGGGAGCCUCCGAGCUUCAAUGACGAGGAUGACGGGGGCGACUAUGAGGUGAUGCCUGGUCGUGUAGAUGAGGAGGAAAGCGUCUACGACAACACCACUGAUGCUGACCAGGAGGACUACGAGGAGAUCCCAGAUGUGAAUCCUGGCACCUGUGGGGGAGCGCCCUUGCCAGGAGGGCCCAUGAACCAAGUGAGCAAAUCAGGCCUGUGUGCUGUGGCCAUCUAUGAUUACCAAGGAGAUGGGGACGAUGAGAUUUCCUUCGACCCUGGAGACACCAUCACGGACAUCGAGCAAGUGGAUGAGGGCUGGUGGCGUGGACGCUGCCAUGGGAGAGAUGGCCUUUUCCCUGCCAACUACGUGGAGCUUCUGCCGUGAUGCUCUCCGCGAUGUGGAAACCCCACAGGCUGCAUCCCUGUUGUCUCCUGCUCCUGUGUCACAAGAGGCCCCAAUCCAGCCCCCCCAAGGUGGGGGAAUUGGAGAAGAGCCUUGCUUCCUCUCCCCCUCGUUUCCCAAUUAAGCCAAAAGGAUGCUCUCCUCAGACCAAGCCAGCAGCAUGAAAAUGAAGAACGCAAAUGGACGCAGGAGAUCUCUGGGGAGGAGCCAGCAUGCUGGAGUGGCCAGAAGGAAGUACUCCAGAGGCCAAACCCCCCACCUUGGGCGUCCUCACGUGCAAGGAGGUUAGCAGCUCCACAGCUGGCUCUUGUGUGCUCGCUGUCUCGCUCUCUCACUGUGAAACACGGGGAAGAGUUGCUUCUCUUUUUGUAUGUCUGUUUCUCCUGUGGUAGGUGCUCCCAGGUGAAAAAUAGAUGUUGCUCCACACACAAUGUACAUAGAAGGAUUAAUAAACACAUAAAGACUUCUGUAUUAACGCAGAACUCUUUUGCAUGUGAUUGAUAUAGUAUGUCAGCCAGCCAUAGGAAGCUGGGGCUGAUGGGAGCUGUAGUUCAAAACAUCUGAAGGGCAACGGGUUGGGGAAGGCUGCUGCAAUAUGCAUUGGUGCUCUCGGUUUCUGCAGGUGGAGGCUCUGCAC